AUGUCUAACAAUCGAACAAGAAAAGAUUAUAUUAUCUGCAUGUGCACUCGGUGCACAGUGUCUAAUCCAUCUGGAAAGCGUCAAAGAAAGCAAAACGCAAAACGACAUUACAAACAAUAUGGUGCACCAGUUUUGGCAGCCAGUGCAAUGGAUAUGCGAAAUGAAAAUGUUGAUCGUAUGGAAAUAGACUAUAAUUCUGAUGUUGAUGUUGAUUUUAAUGUCAAUGAAGAAGAAGACGCAGGCCCGCAGUCAUUUGUUAUUGAUGGUGAUGAUAUUAAGGAGGGCGGAACAAGCUUUGGUUUUGAGAAAGACGAGGCCUUUGAGGAUCCUGCAUUGAGCUCGAUGAAAAUGCAAGCUCAUCAGUAUCCUUUGAACAAUAUGCCUGUCUAUAUCCGUUUUAUGGCUAUCUUCAUUGUUAUCUUUCAUUUGGUGUUUCUGGUGGAUAAUGGUGAAUCGAUCCUCAUCGAAUUUUGCAAUAUCCUUCUUUCUCUUUUUGAUCUUACUGGUGCUCUUCCCUUGACAAUUGACAGCUUGAAACACAUCACAGGUUUCAACACAGCAACAGGCGGAAUUACCGUUGGCAAUCGUUCUUCUCCAGUGAUGGUGUAUCCGUACAGUUCUCUCAAACACGCUUUACAACAACAUUUCUUAACACCGAAUUUCGAAUACCGAAUCAACCUUUGGCGAAAUCGUCAAACACUUGCAGAAACAAAAAUGGACAUAUACAAUGGCGCAAUGUGGAACGAAAUCAAAGACAAUAAUGGCAAACGAUUUGUUGAUGACGCCUGA